CUGGCAUAUUUGCUAGGAAUAUUAUCGUUAAAGAAGUGAUAACACUCUGUAUAAAAGAGUACCACUUCUGACUGUUCAUUCAGACUUCAAAAGUUAAACAUGCAAGCGGCAUUGGUUUUACUGUUCCUUGUAGGUGCCAGUUUAGUGGCAGUUUUAGGAGACCGACGACUUAAUAUUGCCGUUUUGAAUGCUCACAAUCGAUACAGAGCGCAACAUGGAGUACCUCCCUUAACCUUGGACAGUCGGCUGAACAAUUUCGCCCAAGACUGGGCCAACCAUCUUGCAGAAACAGACACGUUUUCUCACCGUCCAGAUAACCCUUAUGGCGAAAACCUGUUUUGGAGUUCUGUAUACAAACAAACGAAUCAAGAGAUAGCGUUGACAGCAGUAGAAGUUUGGUACAAUGAAAGUCAAAAGUACGAUUAUAAUACCAACGAUGGCAUAGAGGGUACUUAUCAUUUUACUCAAUUAAUUUGGAAAAGUAGUCGGAAAUUGGGUGUCGGUGUAGCAAAAUCAUCUAAAAAUAUAGUGUACGUGGCCUGCAAUUAUGACCCGAUUGGUAAUGUUCAAGGACAAUUCAUUGAAAAUGUCCCACGGCCACUCAACUAGUUUGUUGAAAUUGAAUUGUUUUUCUUAGUUGUGGUAUGUGUGCUUAUUUAUACUUUUCCCGGGAAAUAAAUACAUAUGUAAUCUGAA